AAAUUAAAAUAUAAAACCAAAAAGUUUAAAUAUAUAUAAAAAUGUAAGAGAUUAUUGAUAGAAAUUCUCAUAUCAUAUAUAUCUUUAGAAUUAAAAUGUAAAACAAUAUAUUCUUAAAACUCUCGUGCGGCAUAAAUAUCUUUUUUCUGGACAAGCGGCAUAAAUAUCGUUAUGAUUUGAACAUAUGAAGACUUUGAAGAUGACUCAUCUCAAGACUCUUAUGUGGAAUAGACUUUUGGAUCACUAAUUUAGCUUUGAUUUAAUUUAUUAGUAGGUGUUGGAUUUAUUUAGUAUUUAAUAUUUAUGUUAUGAAUUUUUUAGUAUUUAAAUUUUAAAUUAUAUUAUGAAAUUAUUUUAUUUUAUUGUUAUUUAUAAUUUUUAUAAUUUUAUAUUUGAUCGUGAGUUAGCGUAUUAAACUCAUGAUUUAGAUGAUCUGAGUUCGAAUUUACAUAUUGAAAUUCAUAUAAUAAAUGAACUAAGGUGAAAUAGCUCAUGAAAGAUCUGAGUUCACUAUGAGUUGAAUUGAGUUAAGUGAGCUAGUUCAUUUUGACACCUCUAAUUAUAUUGCCCUAUGUAACAAUUUGGUUCUUAGCCGAGGUGUGAAGUAUUGUAUUAUGUGACUUUUGAAAUGAAUGAUUUGUUUUCUCUCUCUUCUUUGGUAAAUGCUUACAAUAAUUGAUGGACCUGUUAUUUUAUUAUCUAAUUUAAAGACAAAUUAGCAAUACUUUUACGAUUUACGCCGUUAAUACUAAGUCAACAGAUAUAUACUUUAGCACUAAUUGAAAAAAAAACUAAAUAAAUAAGUAAAGCUAAAGAAACUAGUGAUCUAGCCCUAUAUAUACGUCAGGAAAAAGUAUUUGUGAUAUUAUCUCUCUAAUUUAAAUAUUAUGUAUAUGCUUUGCUUUUGCUUGUAAGUCAUGUUUUUAAAUUACGUGUAUCUAUUAUCUUGUUCGUCCAUGAUUGGUCGUUCUCGGUCACCAGCCAGUAUCUUUAUCUCUUUAACGUACGUUUCAAUCAUCUCUUCUCCAAAUCCAGCCCUAGCUCGGCGAUCUACGCUAACACCUUAUUGUAAUAUAGUACAACCAACCAUAUAAAUAGCCAUUUAUAUGCUUCCCAAAAUCUUCCUUCUUUAUUUCUCAAAAUUUGAUUGAAAAGAAUUCUUAAACCAUUCUUAAGAAAAGGAAAGAUGGGCCUUUCUUACGGCAGCACCGGAGUUAUAAUCGUUGGAGUUAUUCUGAAUGAUCUUAUGAAAGAGGUUUGUUCUUUUCUUGACCUAACUCGUUUGUUUGGUCUUUAUUCGUCGGAAGCUUCGGGAAGCAUAAACAAGAUUCCGAUGGAAGAUAUACUUCCAGCUACGAAAUUUGAGGAUAUGUCACGGGUGAAUCCGCCGGAGAGCUGUGGGAUAUGUCAAGAUGAGUUCGAAGGUGGUGAUCAAGUCCGGUCUUUGAGGAAUUGCGCUCAUGUUUUUCACAAGACAUGUAUUGACCGUUGGAUCCAUGACGACAAGAUGACUUGUCCUUUGUGUAGGACCCUAAUCAUCCCUGAUUUCUAUUUCUUUCGCUUGUAAAAUCUCAAAAGAGAUACAACAAUCGUUUGAAAAACUAUUUUUGGAUACUUUUUGGU